AUUUAGUGGAUGUGUCAUUAGAUAAUAAUACAAUUGUUUAUGCAUCUAAAUGGUUUAAUAUUAAUGUAUCUGAAUCAAAUAUCGAAUACCUCCCAAGCAAUCCAAUUAUAGGUGGUAAAGUAAAUGACAAAAUUUUCUUCAUUAACAAAUCCAAUUCAGAAGAUUCAGAAGGGUUUCAAUUUCAUGAUAUUAACUGGAUUUCUGAUGAACAAGCCGGUAGAAUCUACAUUUAUGUAGCACUUCAAAAUUCUCAAAAUUUACUUCAAAGCAUAUUAGGUUCAUCUAAAUCUUCACCGGGUAUCAUAGUUUUGUUCAGGUUUUGUCAGCAAGUGACAAAAUUUUUUAUAUUGGUGGAAGAAUUUUUGGAAGUUCCGGAAGUUCUUACAAUAGUCAAUAGAUGCCGAUGA